GAGAGCCAUGGAGGGAGUGGGGAGGUGGGAAGAGCUCAGGGGACACGGGUGGAACUGCUGCGGGUAAGGUGAGAGCCUGUUUGCUCUGAGCCUGCUUCCCCUGGCUGCUCUCCCUUCCUUUCCAGGUUUGUUGAGCCACAAGGCCAUCACUGGCUGCUCCCUGCUGCUGUCACCCUGUCCUUCCCGCGGUCUCUUUGGGAAGAGCUGCAGUGGGUGAUACCAAGCGAGGCCCUGCGAGGUGGAGGAGCAGAGGAUGGGAUUCCCCUGCUGUCGCUGUGGCAACGCUGGGCAGGGAAGCAGCAGCAGCAGCAGCGGGAUGCGAUGGGCGGCUGCGUGGCGUGGAGGGUGCGCUGGGGAGGCUGCGGGGGCCGGGCUGCGCUGACAUCACGCGGGGAGGUGGCGCAGAGGGAAGGGGAGUGGGAAAGGGAGAGCGGGGAGACUGCGGAGGGGACAGCGCGGCACGGCAGUGGGCUCCGGGGACAGCGCGGCCGAGGCAGCGCCCGCGGCGCCCGGAGCCCCCGGACUGAUCCGCUGCCUCCACCUCGGACCCCCGCCGCCGGUGACACCGCCGGGCUAACCUCGCCGCCAUGGGCUCCGAGCGGGAUUCCGAGUCGCCGCGCUCCUCAUCCAUCCACUCGGCCGCCGCCAAGUGCCCCAAGCCCGGCCGCCGCCGCCGCCUCUCCUUCCAAAGCGUCUUCUCCGCCGCCGCCGCCUCCGCCGCGGGCGGCCGCCGCCGCGCCAAGGCCGAGCUGAUUNNNNCGCCGCCGCCACCGCCCCCCGAGGAGGCUCCGGUGGUCCCGGAGGGCGAGGAGGAGCUGGAGUGCCCGCUGUGCCUGGUGCGGCAGCCGGCGGAGAACGCGCCGCGGCUGCUGUCGUGCCCGCACCGGUCGUGCGGGGCCUGCCUGCGGCAGUACCUGCGCAUCGAGAUCACCGAGUCCCGCGUCAACAUCUGCUGCCCCGAGUGCAGCGAGCGCCUCAACCCCGCCGACAUCCGCCGCCUGCUCCGCGACUCCCCGCACCUCGUCGCCAAGUACGAGGAGUUCAUGCUGCGCCGCUGCCUGGCCGCCGACCCCGACUGCCGCUGGUGUCCGGCCCCCGACUGCGGCUACGCCGUGAUCGCCUACGGCUGUGCCAGCUGCCCCAAGCUGACCUGCGAGAGGGAGGGCUGCCAGACAGAGUUCUGCUACCACUGCAAGCAGAUAUGGCACCCCAACCAAACCUGCGACAUGGCGCGGCAGCAGCGCGCGCAGACCCUGCGCGUACGGACCAAGCACACGUCGGGCCUCAGCUACGGACAGGAGUCAGGGCCUGCUGAUGACAUCAAGCCGUGCCCACGCUGCAGUGCUUACAUCAUCAAGAUGAACGAUGGCAGCUGCAACCACAUGACGUGUGCCGUGUGUGGCUGCGAGUUCUGCUGGCUCUGCAUGAAGGAGAUCUCAGAUCUGCAUUACCUCAGCCCCUCUGGCUGUACAUUCUGGGGCAAAAAGCCAUGGAGUCGUAAAAAGAAGAUUCUCUGGCAGCUGGGCACGUUGAUUGGAGCUCCUGUGGGCAUUUCCCUCAUUGCUGGCAUUGCCAUUCCUGCCAUGGUCAUUGGCAUCCCUGUGUACGUUGGGAGGAAGAUCCACAGCAGGUAUGAGGGGAAGAAAACCUCCAAGCACAAGAGGAACUUGGCCAUUACUGGUGGGGUCACCCUGUCUGUCAUUGCCUCCCCAGUCAUUGCUGCUGUCAGUGUUGGAAUUGGGGUCCCCAUCAUGCUGGCCUACGUCUAUGGGGUCGUGCCCAUCUCGCUGUGCCGGGGUGGUGGCUGUGGGGUCAGCACAGCCAACGGAAAGGGCGUGAAAAUCGAGUUUGAUGAAGAUGAUGGACCUAUCACAGUGGCCGAUGCCUGGAGAGCCCUGAAGAACCCCAGCAUUGGAGAGAGCAGCAUUGAGGGGCUGACCAGUGUGCUGAGCACCAGUGGCAGCCCCACAGACGGGCUCAGUGUCAUCCAGGGCAACUACAGCGAGACCGCCAGCUUCGCCGCCCUGUCCGGGGGCACCCUGAGUGGGGGGGUCCUCUCGGGGAGCAAGGGGAAGUACAGCAGGCUGGAAGUCCAGGCAGAUGUCCAGAAGGAGAUUUUCCCCAAAGACUCAGUCAGUUUGGGGGCCAUCAGCGACAACGCCAGCACCCGAGCCAUGGCUGGUUCCAUCAUCAGCUCCUAUAACCCCCAGGACAGGGAGUGCAAUAACAUGGAGAUCCAGGUGGACAUCGAAGCCAAACCCAGUCACUACCAGCUGACCAGCGGCAGCAGCACAGAGGACUCCCUGCACGUCCACACCCAAAUGGCAGAGAACGAGGAGGAAGAAGAGGAGGAGGAAGAGGAGGAGGAGGAGGAUGACAAGCAGGAGCAGACGUGCAAACACCAAAGCUGUGAGCAAAAGGACUGCAUUGCCAGCCAGACGUGGGACAUCACCCUGGCCCAGCCCGAGAGCAUCCGCAGCGACCUGGAGAGCUCGGACAGCCAGUCCGACGACGUGCCCGACAUCACCUCGGACGAGUGCGAGUCCCCCCAGUGCCAGACUGCAGCAGGAUGCCCACACACCCCCAGAGCAAGAGGUGCCCAGAGCCCAAGUGCCCACCUGAGCCACUGUGCCCAAGCCGAGGGCUGCCGGCUGGAUGAGAUGGUCCAGCUGGAAUGCAUCGAAGCCAGAGUGUGACCUGAGCACCAUCCCUGUCACUGCAGCUUCUGGGCCAGGGUUGUGUCCCUGUUGGCUUCUGUUUGCCAUCCUCCAGCUGGCUCCCCCAGCCUUGCCUCGGGGAGUUGUUGUUUCUUACGUGACACAGGAAAAAAGCAACCAAAAAAAGAAAAAAAAAAAAAAAAAAAAAAAAAAAAAAAGCAAAGAAAAAAAAAAUCCCCUUCGCCCUCUUUUUGUUUUAAUUUAUUGGUUCAAACUCUGUGAGGUGUGUAAGAGUGUAAAUAUGUACGUGUGUCUGUAUGUCUGCAACCAUCCUAAGGGACUCUUGGAAUAAAGACUCUGGUUGUCAUUGGA